AAGUUUAGUCACUUGUGUGGCUGCACAUGAGUUUGUAGACAUAUCGCAUAACAAGGGCAAAGUGCAGUGUGUGUCGCAAUCUUAUAGGUCUCAUUUAAAGAGCACAAUUUUUUCAGCUGGACGACCACUUGGACUGAUUUUCUUGACUGCCAAGGGCUUUACAAGAUGGCGAACACCACAAACACAACCUCUGAUUAUGAUUAUGUGGACGACACUGUAUAUCAACAGUAUAAACAUCAAGUCGGUUUGAUGUACCUUGCUACAUACUCUAUCGUUGUGAUCAUGGGCGUGACUCUCAACUUCACCAUCAUGCUCAUUUGCUGCUGUAAAUGCAAGAAUUUUCAAAAGGUUGUCAUUUGGAUUUUGGCCUUGGCUGUAACACACCUGCUCUCUUGUGUGUCUGUUGUGUUUCAAUUCCUCUACGCUUAUAAUGACUUUAAAUGGCAAUAUGGAGCUGUCAGUUGCAAGCUGUCAUCCUACAUCAUCUAUGGCAGUAUGUUUUCCACAGCGACCAUGUUGAGCCUUUGGAGUGUUAGCUCUGCUAUUUCUAAAAGCCCGUGCACAAAGUGGUGCAAGGACCUUAAUGUUAUUCUGAUUUCAUUAUCCUGGAGUUUUGCAGCCUUCUUGGCAAUGCCGUCAUUGUUUUCCAGAGAAGUUCGGAAUAGUACAUGUAUUGACAACUUUAACUUUAAUCAUGAUUCAAAACCAACUGCAGAUGGCAUUAAAAAGCUAAAGGCUGUCGUCAUCUCGCGAUUUCUGUUUGGGCUUCUUAUCCCAGCUUUUGUAAUGUUCGUCAGUUGUUUGUGUAAUGUAUCCAAGUCAAAUCACCACUGUGAUCACUGUAAGAAGCAGACACAGAUCAUCUGUGCGGUUAAGGUUGCCUAUUUUGUGUCCUGGAGCCCGCAAAUCUUCUUAACCCUGAUUCAAGGUACUUUAGGCAGUAUGUACACAGGUGUGCUUGAAUAUGGACUUCCAGCAGCAACGGCACUGGCUACAACCCACUGCUUCACCUGUCCGCUCAUCUACAUUUUAGUUGGGUGUAGCAAUAAAAUGCAAUGGAUUGAGCACGACCCAGAUCACACUGAAAUUACAACAGACGAGGCUGAUUCCAUGCCUUUACAGUGGAAUGCCUAAAUGCUUUGUACAUACAGUAUACACUCACCUAAAGGAUUAUUAGGAACACCAUACUAAUACUGUGAUUGACCCCUUUUCGCCUUCAGAACUGCCUUAAUUCUACAUUGCAUUGAUUCAACAAGGUGCUGAAAGCAUUCUUUAGAAAUGUUGGCCCAUAUUGAUAGGAUGGCAUCUUGCAGUUGAUGGAGAUUUGUGGGAUGCACAUCCAGGGCACAAAGCUCCCGUUCCACCACAUCCCAAAGAUGCUCUUUGGGUUGAGAUCUGGUGACUGUGGGGGACAUUUUAGUACAGUGAACUUGUUGUCAUGUUCAAGAAACCAAUUUGAAAUGAUUCGAGCUUUGUGAAAUGGUGCAUUAUCCUGCUGUAAGUAGCCUUCAUAGGAUGGACAUGGUUAGAAACAAUGCUCAGGUAGGCCGUGGCAUUUAAAUGAUGCCCAAUUGGUACUAAGGGGCCUAAAGUGUGCCAAGAAAACAUCCCCCACAUCAUUACACCACCACCCCCAGCCUGCACAGUGGUAACAAGGCAUGAUGGAUCCAUGUUCUCAUUCUGUUUACGCUAAAUUCUGACUCUACCAUCUGAAUGUCUCAACAAAAAUCGAGACUCAUCAGACAGGCAACAUUUUUCCACUCUUCAACUGUCCAAUUUUGGUGAGCUCGUGCAAAUUGAACAUUUUUCCUAUUUGUAGUGGAGAUGAGUGGUUGUUGCCCAUCCACCUCAAGGUUGUGCAUGUUGUGGCUUCACAAAUGCUUUGCUGCAUACUAGAGAUGCGCGGUUGGCGGUUACAGCCGCGGACUCCGCGGAUAAACCGCGGAUCGGGCGGAUGACGUGACGAAAAAUAAUAUUUUAAUUAGAUUCGGGCGGGUGGCGGAUCGACUGCUUGUUAGCUGUGUCCUUCUAAGCAUGCAACCUUAAAAGGUGAGCACUCUGUCUUUCAGGGUGGCAGCCUCAGAAGUUCUCAAAGAGAACUGAAAUGAGACGGUCUAGCCUUCUGAGGACCCAUAAUUUGCGUCACCUGUUGCACGCGCCCCCAGUAGCCCCCACCGCGCCUGUCAGCAGAAAACAGCGGAGACAUUUCUGACUUAUUAAAAUAAAUAUGUAAUCAAAAAUAUUAAUUUAUUUUAGAAAAUAUGACACAUUGAUGUAGAUUAAACUAUUCAACACUAUAUCAAAUAAUCAACCUUAUGUUGCAAAUAUACGCAACAUAAACAGAAUAAUAUUAACACAAAACAUAACUUAUGAUACUAAAACAGUGACAAGAAAUUUUUUUCUAAUACACUUUUAUUUAAUAAAGGUUUUAAUUGUUUGGGAUAGCCUCGGCAUGUUAAGAAUCCAUUCGUUCUAUCAUUAACAGCGCAGAGAAAUGAGGACGCAUUUUGACAUAGCUCUUAUCAACGCCUCAAAAAAUGAGAAUUAAAAACAAAGGAAAUAGAAGGUCAGAAAAGGUUUGCCUGGAAUAAGUUUUACAAAGUGGUAAAUCAGGAUGACACCAGUGCAGACUAUGUAAUUUGUGCGUUUAAUUUAGGCAGCAUUACUUAUUUAUUUAUUUUUGUCCCGUGUGCGCCGAUCGGAGACUCGGAGUUCACUGCUGAUAUUCUAGAGCUUUCUAGUCUCGCGGCUGUCAUCAGCAGCGUCUUGCAUCGCCCAGUCAGCGGAUGGCGGGCGGGUGCGGUUUUGAAAACUGGUCAGAAACGUUGGUGCGGAUGGAUGGCGGACGGAUGAUGAGUUUUGUGAUGCGGUUGCGGAUGAAAUAAUAGCCCAUCCGCGCAUCUCUACUGCAUACCUCGGUUGUAACGAGUGGUUAUUUCAGUCAAAGUUGCUCUUCUAUCAGCUUGAAACAGUCUGUCCAUUCUCAUCUGACCUCUAACAUCAACAAGGCAUUUUCGCCCACAGGACUGCCGCAUAUUGGAUUUUUCACACCAUUCUUUGUAAACCCUAGAAAUGGUUGUGCGUAAAAAUCCCAGUAACUGAGCAGAUUGUGAAUAUACUCAGAAAGGCCCUUCACUACUGUCCACCUCUGACUCUGAUAGAUAAUAAAGUAAUAUAAUGUGUUUGGUAUACUCUGUAGACUGUGCAACUAAAUAUAUACAAUAUAUGCACUAAGUUAUAUGUUCACAUAUUAUAAAAAUUGUGAUUACUUCACUACAUUAUUACAUUACUAAACAAAAUUACCUAAAAAACCCACGUAUAACAGACAAUAUCCAGAGAAUGGUAAGCAUUAUAUUGUGUUCUGGUUAGAUAUAUUCCUAUAUCAGUAUGGCCUGACAUAACCCUCCUCCUACAGAAGCUCUGCCAGAUAUGUAUAAUCAGGACAGAUAUUAACUUUAUUUGCAUACAUUUUUCUUUGUGUGUGUGUGUGUGAAAACAAUCUUGUACAAUGUUGUGCUAUUAUAUUUCACAUUCGUGUGUAUAUACUUAUACACAGACAUGUGUAAAUUAAUAAUAAUAAUAUACAAGUAAUUUAUAGUCAAAUAAUAAAAACAGUCAUUUUUAUGUGUGUUUUUUACCAGCAAGAAUAAGGGAGUGCUAAUUGAUUCAGACUGAUCAUAAAAAGGUUUGGGCACUGUUUCUUCAGCACACGCAGGAAUUCUGUCUAUUUUGUUUGUGAAUUACACUUCAAACCUUAUAAAAUAUGGCUGUUAUGACAGAGUUUCCAUUUUUAUACACUAUACAUUUUGCUGGGUUAUUUCUAACCCAAUAUUGGGUAAAUAUUGGACAGAACACAUGUUGGGUUAUAACCAAACCAUAGGUUUAUUUAUUUGUGCUGGGUGAACCCAAUGCUGGGUAAAUGCUGGUUAUUAAUGCUGGAUAAUAUUUAUAACCCAACAUGUGUUCUGUCCAAUAUUUAUCUAGCAUUGAUUUAGAUUGUUUCUUUUACUCCCUUAUCUGUUCUUAUCACAUAUUUCCCAUUUUCCAGUGGGUGGUGAAAACCACAAUGACCCUUCAAGGUUAAAAUUAAAAUACAUGGGGGAAAGGGAAGAUUUGCCUUGAUAAGUUAAAGAGCACCUAUUUCAUUCCUAAAAACAGUAUUUUGUGUAUUUGGUAUAAUACAAUGUGUUCACAUG